AUGACCCAGCAAACGCAGGGUUGCUAAAUGCAUAAAAAUUCUUAGAUCCUAUAAAGAAAAAUAAUCCCGAAAUAACAUAUGCUGAUUUAUGGAUAUUGGCAUCCUAUGUAGCUAUUGAAGAAAUGGGUGGUCCUAAAAUUGAUUUUACGCCAGGACGUAAAGACGCUACAUUAGAAUCUGCUUGUCCUGAAAAUGGUCGUUUACCUAAUGCAUCUAAAGGAAGAAGUCAUAUUAGAGAUGUUUUUUAUAGAAUGGGCUUAAACGAUAGAGAAAUUGUUGCUCUUAUUGGAGGAGGCCAUGCGCUUGGAAAAUGUCACACAGAUAGAAGUGGAUAUGAUGGGCCUUGGACUAAUGCUCCAACUUUAUUUUCAAAUUUAUAUUUUAAGGAAUUAUUAGAAAACACUUGGACUGAAAAAAAAUGGAAUGGACCUAAAUAAUACGAAGAUAAAUCGAAAAAACUCAUGA